UCUGUCACAGCCUCUGAGCGGGGCAGGCCGCAGCAGUGCCAUGUGCUGAGUCGAGCCGCGGCCCUGCAGCCAGCUGAGCCAGAGAUGCGGUCUGCGCCCGGCGCCCUGCUGGUGUUGUGCUGCCUCAUGCGGCACUCUCUCGCGUUCCCCAUCGCCAGAACCGCACUAGCCAAGUCAGCCCCGGAUGACGUCAUCUCGGGGAGUGACUUCCUGUCGGUGUUCAUCGGCGCCGCUAAGCCCCGCCGACUCCCCGCCCAGACAGACCAGCUCACCGAGUCCUUGGACUCGCCAGGUCUCGCCCGAGGCCCCAGGCUCAACCUGCGCGCUGGGAACUCUCCAGAUUCUCCUGCCGAAUCUCUGGAAGAUGUUCCUGGCGCACUGAAACACGGUGAUAGUUCAGGAGACUCUGUAGCAAUUACACUGGUGCCUGAUACAGCUAGAAGCAGUGUAAGUGAAUCGGACCUCGUCAGCAACACCACCAAGACCUUUGAGAAAAACGCUCCGCUAGUCAUCAUACAGUAUAAUACAACACUUCCUUCAUUUACUAAUCGCUCCCAGAGCGAUAGUGGCUUCAAACCAUUUGCCACUUUUCAAAAUCACUCAAAAACAAUGUCUGAUGAAAAACUGAUAAAUCCUUUGGAUAUCAUAAUCACCAAAACAGAUUUAAUUGGAGAAGCAGCGAAUGGCUCACUUCAAAAUGAAAAUCGAACCCAUCAGACGGUCUCUGUAAAGGUUUCAUCAUCACUUGCUCAGGCCACCGUAAUAACCACCAGGUCACAAGACACCGCUAAAGAAGGCAGAAUGGUCAAUGGUAAAGAUAUUUUCGGCACAUUUCUUGAUGCGUUUUCGGGACAUAGAGACGCUGAAGAUGCGAUGCACAAGCCCCCGGAACCAGCACAUCUGGUGACUGAAAUAAAACCUGCCGCUACAGCAUUCCAACGCAGUCAGCUCAAUGUGGAGGAGGGACAACCUUUAUCCUCGGAGGUCACUAACGAAGAACCAAAACCCCUCUAUCAACAUGAGAUCGUAUUCACUUCUCCUCCCCAAAGUAACAAUUCUCCCCAGACACCACCACCAAACUAUGAAACAAGUAUUUCCAAGGAUACUUCCAACAGCAGAGUGAUGUUCAUGAGUAAGCCUUCAACUUACACUAACCCGUCCUCGGCAGCAGAAACUGUGCAACAGAGAGUGUUUACCAGGCACGAUGGUGUCUCCCCUCAGGAAGAUAUUCCCAGAGAUGUGAAUGGAAGGAACGUGGACACUAAUCCAGGACAUGAUCGUAAGGAGUCGCAGGAUGUGGACAGCCUCGAGGUGAGCAGGAUCGACAGUGUGCGCACACAGAAGAGCCUCCACGCAGAAGGCAGCUACCACCAGGAGCCCGCCGAGAGGAACUUCGAGCGGACGGAGGCCAGGUUCGGGCCGGUGGAGGCCAUCUUCGGCAGUCCGGAGCAGAACUACGAGGUGGACGAGUCCGUGAGCGUGAUGACCAGCGGGCGGACGCACGGAGUGCAGACUCCCCCCAGUGUCACCCCAGGCGCCCAUGCAGGGGACUCGGCCGGCCAGGUGGACAGCAGCCUGGGCGUCGUAGACACCAAGGACAUGAGCGACCCGAACCACAAGUUCGGCUACGUCGUGGAGGGGAGGAACUUCCGCAAGUACCGAGUGGAGGAGAGAACUCAGGACGGCUUCAUCGUGGGCGAGUACGGCGUCGUCAGCCACGACGAUGGAAGUCUCCGGGGAGUGCGGUACACUGCUGACGGCACCAUCAACCCUCGUCUCAUCUACGACGCUCUCGUCAAGUUCCUGUCUUUGUGAGGACCCCACCUUCCACCGGGCCGGUGCUCGAUGCACGAUGAUGCGAGGGACUGUGUGCUCCGGUUGAAACUGCCACUGGCUCCUCGAUUGCAACAUACACUGAGCAUGGAACCAAAAAUGUCACUGAAGGCUAAGAUACGCUACUGUUUAAAUAAUGUGCCAUAAAAUCAAUCGUUUCUUCAAUAAGCAAAAAAAAUGUUGUCAAGACUUUAUUUUUCUUUAAUAUAAAUGCUAAGUGUGUUUCAUUGUUUAAUAGAUAAUUUAUUAAUUGAUUUAAAGUUUUCAUAUAUUUUAACAUUUAUGGAAAUGCUGGUUUUUCUUUCUCAAAUAUUGAACAAUCAUAUCUUCGUAGCUUUAUUAAAUUAAAAACAAUUUAAUAUUAUUCUUCAUUAAAGCAGCUUCAAUAAUAUGUAAUAGCCUAUUCUGGUACCGAUGCCGAAAGAUAAUGAUUGUCAGUUCACUAUCGUGGAUUACGCUACAACCACCAUUUUACAUGUGUGACGUCCCAAUUUCCAUCUUCCAUGUUUGGCUUCGCAACGGCAAUCUUGAAUAUGUGAUGGUAGAAAAAACUAUAGUAAAUAAGCUUGUCAUUCACCUCAGGGUUGCACAACAACCACCAUGACUUUAAACACAGCUACUAUCUGGAAGUCCACUGUUUUGAAUUUCAGAAAAUUGUAAGCUGUACCGUGAUACGCCACUAUUUUGAUGAACGUAUACGAUAUGAAUAACAUGUAAAGAAAAUGAAAGUUUACCUUGGAGAACUUGGUUAGGUACAAACGAAUCCAAAAAUGAUUUAGGUAAAGCAAAGUUACAUAUAAAUUAAAAUAAAGUAAAUAAUAUUCAAACGUUUUAAAGACAGGAAGAACUUACUUCACGGACUUAAAACUUUCUGGGCUCUAUUCCCGAUUGAUGUGCUUAUAGAAAAAUUGGGAGGUUUCCUUAAUUUUUCAAUGUCCAUCAGCAUACAUACUUACCUCUGAACACCCACAUAGAAUCGUAUAGGGACAUGCCUGCCCCCCUUCAAUUGUGACUUCAUAGCAGCCAUAUUGGCUGUCCUAAACGAUUCUGUUAUUGUCUGAUAAGAGUGUGUUAGUGCAGAUCUCAUAUACAUGUUAUAUGGUAGAGUUAUGGUGUUCUAUGUGUUGUCAGUAUUUCACAAAAAAAAACGACACGCCAUGAU